AACAAGCCGAUGAAACGUCAACGCUUCCGGUAAUACCAAAGAAGAAGAAGGAGAACUAAGAUGGCGGAGAAUAGCAACACGGACCAUACGGGGGAUGCCAACGCAGAUAAAAAUGUUGCUCCCGGAGGAUCUAUGAUGGUGGUCACCGUCAAAACCCCCAAUGGAAAAGAAGAAAUUACGAUUUCGGAGGAUUCCUCUGUCGCUCAGUUUAAACAGGAGGUAUCCAAAAAGUUCGAGGCCAAGCAGGACCAGCUGGUGUUAAUAUUUGCUGGAAAGAUUUUGAAGGAGGGUGAUACUUUAAACCAGCAUGGUAUCAAAGACGGGUUGACUGUUCAUCUUGUUAUCAAGACAAAAUCAACAAGUGGCAGUACGUCUCAGACAAGUGCCAGUUCUGCAACACCUCAGAAUAACAGCAGCAGCUCCAACGCCACUGUAGCAGACAGAACAGGAGGUGGCACAAGUCAGACACCAACACAACCUGCUAAUGCGAUGAGUGGACUCGGUGACCUGUCUGGCCUGUUAGGUCUGAGCACGCGUUCAUCCAACUUCAUGGAAAUGCAGCAGCAGGUGCAGAGUCAGCUGAUGUCGAACCCACAGAUGCUGUCACAGAUCGUGGGGAACCCGCUGGUCCAGAACAUGAUGUCCAACCCAGACCUGAUGAGACAGAUGUUUGCAGGCAAUCCUCAGAUGCAGCAGCUCAUGGAACAGAACCCGGACGUCUCCCGCAUGUUCAACAACCCUGAGCUCAUGAGACAGAUGCAGAAUCCAGAAACACUGUCCAUGCUGACCAACCCCAGAGCAAUGCAGGCUCUCAUACAGAUCCAACAGGGCCUGCAGACCUUACAGACAGAAGUCCCGGGAUUCAUGUCCAGAUUGCCUCCUGGAGGUCUUGCAGGUCCUCUAACCACAGGGAGCAGCAUCCUACCAGUGAACCCUCAUCCUCCUGCCAUGGCAUCAGGAUCCAGUCUCCCCUCAGCCGCCAGUCCCACUCAGCAACAGCUCAUGCAGCAGAUGUUACAGAUGUUUGGAGGUGGAGGGCCAUCAACGCCGGAGGUUCGUUUCCAGCAGCAGCUCGACCAGCUCAACGCCAUGGGCUUCAUCAACCGCGAAGCCAACCUGCAGGCACUCAUCGCUACAGGAGGGGAUGUAAAUGCCGCGAUUGAGAGACUGCUAGCCUAACUCACUCAGUUCAUUCUGGAGUUAAGGGUGGAAGACUGGUAGAGUUCGGUAUUGGUGUGUGAAAUUAAAAAAAAAAAUUAAUAAGUGAACACUGUCCUCCAUCAUAUGCAAGUGUGACCUGACACCCAGAUAGACACAGUGGUAUUCCAAUCACUUGUUAUCUCUUCAGCUGAUCUGUAAAUCAUAGGAAGGAUGAACAGAGAGGUUGGGAAAUCAUAGUGGGAGAGGUUGAGGAAGGAUGUUGCAGGUUUCUAACAGAAUUGGUCCUGUGUUAAAUGCUAAGGCAGUACUGUGAAAUGAUGCCACGACUAUCACUGCCACGAGUCAUGCCACCGAGUUACUCCUGCCAGUGCAGCCGACAUGACAAGUGCUCAUUCACCGGAUGUCUACAUAAGGUUACCAAGGAAUUAACUUGUAAUAGUUACUUAUUUUUAUUUAAUUUUAACAGUUUGUGGUUAGGAGGUUCACAGUGUUGCAGUAGGUUGGAUGACGGUCUUCUGUGCUCUCUGUCUGGAGAACCAGCAUGUUUUUUCAUGGUUUGUUUUCAUCCUCUUUCCUGGUUGACUGGUAUCUAUUUAAGCUAAUCACUUCACUUCAGUUUUUUACCCUGACAGGUUCUUGACUCUUUUAGUCCCCCCCCCAAAAAAAAACCAAACAUUUCUUGUUGGUAUGGUUGGCACUGCUGCCUAAAUGUUUCAGGAGGAGUAGAAAGUGAAAGUUUUCAGGUUGUAGGACCAAGGCUAUAAUGUGUGUGGAUGAGGGAUGGACAAUGUGACAUUAUAUAUAGUGAGAGGAUAGAGACUUGACUCAACUGGUAGAGAUUGUUCUGUGUUGAGAUAGAUAUCCCUUUAAUAUCUCUGGUUGUGUUGCCAGAAUGUGAUAUUGGAUUUACAGGAUUUUCUUCGAGUACAUUUGUCAGGUUUUUCAUUUGCAGAAUUAGCCAAAACAGUCAUUUUCAUCUGAUUUGUUUUAAUCUAUAAAUUGUUUUACAAUGGAAGUCCCAGAAUCACAAUAUCGCCUUAAAAUUUACAUUUACCAUGAGAGGAUUUUAUCCAUAUCACCCACCCCUAGUAUUGACAUUCAUUGGAGUUUACUAAACAGGUUUGGUUCAAGUUGAUUUCCUGUUGACUAAGAGUGUAAAAGUAAUAAACUUGGACUUUUUGUUCAAAGCUAUAAAAUGGUCUCUCUAUGAAGUGUCAGUUUUCUGAUGAUACUGUGGUUAAUUCUCAUUAUUGGUUACUAAAUAGAAAUUGUUAAAGCCAAUAGGGAAUUGUUUUUAAAGUCAUCAAACCCUUUCACAAUAACACUGUUGUGAAUUUCCAUGCAAGCAGUGUAGUGCCUAAAUGUAAUGUUGAGUUCUGCAAUAUAUUGCAAAAUGAUGCUUGAAAUCUAUUGUUGUGUGUCUACCAAUGGACAGAUAAGUAGACGAUUUGUUUUUCAAUCCAAUAAAUUAUUUGCAAUGUG